AUGGCGCCCAAAUAUGCUGGCAUGUCCGGCAGACCCCUGUCGUUGACCAUCUCGACCAUUGCCACGAUGGGCUUCUUGCUCUUCGGCUAUGACCAGGGUGUAAUGUCAGGGAUUAUCAGUUCCAAGGCCUUCGAUAGCGUCUUCACAGCCACCAAGGGCGACCCCACCAUGCAGGCUUUGGUGACUGCCGUCUACGAGUUGGGCUGUCUGUUCGGCGCCAUGUUCGCCUUGUUCACCGGUGACCGGCUGGGCCGACGCUGGAUGAUCAUCUCCGGUGCCACGAUCAUGAUCAUCGGUGUUAUUAUCCAGGUGACCUCCUUCAUCGACCACAUCCCCUUGCUCCAGUUCUUCUUCGGCCGGGUCAUCACCGGCAUCGGGAACGGCAUGAACACCUCCACCAUCCCGACCUACCAGGCGGAGUGCUCCCGCACCAGCAACCGUGGUCUGUUGAUCUGUAUCGAAGGAGGUAUUAUUGCCAUCGGGACGGCGAUCGCGUACUGGAUUGAUUUUGGUGCCUCCUACGGCCCGCCAGCGCUGGUGUGGCGUUUCCCCAUCGCCUUCCAGAUCGUGUUCGGCGUCAUCAUCAUCGUUGGUAUGGCAUUCUUGCCCGACUCCCCCCGUUAUCUCAUCUCCAAGGGCAAGGUCCAUGACGGCGAGUACGUGCUGGCAGCGCUGGCUGGCCUGGAGAUCGAAGAUCACCAGACACAGGUCCAAAAGCAGCUGGUCAUUGAGUCGAUCGAGGCUGCUGGUGUUGCCAAUGGUGCGGGCUACUCGGACCUUUUGACUGGAGGCAAGACGCAGCACUUCCGCCGCAUGAUUAUCGGUUCUUCCUCCCAGAUCGCCCAGCAGCUGUCCGGUUGCAACGCUGUCAUCUACUAUCUGCCCGUGCUGUUGAAGUCGUCCCUGAAGCAGGAUGAAUUUAUGUCCAUGCUGAUCGGUGGGAUCAACAUGAUUGUCUACGCCAUCUUCGCCACGUUUUCCUGGUUCUUCAUCGAGAAGAUUGGCCGCCGCAAGCUGUUCAUCGGGGGUAUGAGUGGUCAGAUGGUGGCGAUGAUUAUCGUGUUCGCCUGCUUGAUUCCCGGAGGGAAGGGCCCGGCCAAGGGCGCCGUGUUCGGCUUGUUCCUAUACAUGGCCUUCUUCGGUGCCGCGAUGCUGCCGCUGCCCUGGCUGUACCCUGCCGAGCUGUCGCCCAUCCGUACUCGAGCCAAGGCCAACGCCGUCUCUACCUGCAGCAACUGGCUUUUCAACUUCACCGUCGUCAUGAUCACUCCGGUCAUGAUUCAGCACAUCUCGUGGGGCACCUAUCUGUUCUUCGCCUGCAUGAAUGCCAUCUUCAUCCCGCCCAUGUACUUUUUCUACCCGGAGACCGCGGGCCGCAGUCUGGAGGAGAUCGAUCUCAUCUUCGCCAAGGGCUACUGUGAAAACAUGAGCUAUGUGCGGGCUUCUCACGAGCUGCCCCGGCUCUCGGACGAUGAGAUUGAGGCCAAGGCGAUCGAGUAUGGCUUCACCGAUAACCGUUCUCGCCGCGAGGAGAAGGAGACUCCUGGAGAGUCCCCCCAGUUUUCGUCGGAGGAGCAGGUUUAA